UACACACAUACCUACCGUUCUACCAACGGCCGACACGGCGCACCUGAGAGGCAUUGCUUGAGCACAGCGUAGCAUAGCCGCCCAAGAAACCAACGACAGCAGCAACCGACCAAUUCACCCACCUACCGGCCCAACAACAACAACAACAAUGCAACCCACGCAGCUCGUCAGCGCGCUCGCGCUCCUCUUCGCCACAACCGCUACGGCUACGGCUACUGCUAUCGCUGCCGCCGCGUCCGCCCCGGCAUCCACUACCACAGCCACCACACCGCAGACGACCACGGCCGCCGCGCUCCCCUUCCAGCUCCCCAUGCUCGCGCACACGUCCGCCGUUGCUGCCACGCCUGCACCAACGCCCUUGGCCCUGCGGGGCUUGAAGCGGCAUCCCAAGGCCAACGCAGCCGCAGCCGCCAACCCCGAAGCCAAACCCGACGCCAACCCCGCCGCGGACGCAAACGCAAACCCCACGCUCACGUCCCCCCCACAAAAGCGCGACCCCGCCAUCGCCGCCGCAGCAGCGUCAACGCUCUGCCCAACCUCCUACCACGCAUGCGCCGCGCUAGGCGCGCCCGGCCUCUGCUGCCGCGCCGACUCGAACUGCGCCGUCGACCAGGCAGGCCACGUCGCGUGCUGUCCGAGCCGGGCCGUGUGCACGGGCAGCUUGACGGGCGUGGGCAGCAGCAGCAGCACUGUGAGCGUGAGCGUGAGCACUGAGACGGACACGGCUGGGGCUACGAGCGCGAGCGCGACGACUACGCAGGGCUUUGUCGCGGUGGAUGGCACCACUGUCGCUACGCCGAAUGUGGGCGGGAGGGGGAGGGUGGAGCUGGGGGGAUUGCUGGGGGGGUUGGUGGGGGUUUUGGCGGUGCUGUAGGGUGGCUGUGAGGGGGAGUGGGAGUGUUUUUUUUAUGGGUUGGGAAUUGGUAUGGUUAUGGAUAUGGGAAUGGAUAUGGACAUGGAUAUGGGUAAUGACAAACAAACGCAAACGGAACAGAGACACGCAUCAUGAUCACGCUGCUGAUGAAGUUGAUGCUGAUGGGAUGGGCAUGGGCAUGGGUAAUGACGGGUAGCAUAGCAUAGCAUAGAAGGGCAUAGUUAAGAGCUUGCUUGCUUGCUUGUUUGCUUGCUUGCCUGUUAGCUACC